AUGAAUGAUAUUAGACAACGUAAAACCAAACAGGCUUUAGACGAGCCCGAUCCUCUUUUUAUUUACAACUUUAUUGACGAACCUACCAAAUCAAGAAGAAAUCAAGCUAAUGGUUUAAAGGCGUUUUCCUUGGAUUCAGUAAAUCUGAUCGUUCUAGUAAUCGUUGCAAUGAUAGUGAGAUUAUAUAAAAUUAGUCAACCUACCUCAGUAGUUUUUGAUGAAGUACAUUUUGGUGGCUUUGCAUCGUAUGUUAAUGAAUUCUAUGGAAGAUUUUUUAUGGAUGUACAUCCUCCGUUGGCAAAAUUGUUAAUAACAUUUGCUGGUUUGUUGGGAGGGUUUGAUGGCAGUUUUGAUUUUAAGGAGAUUGGAAAAGAUUACCUUGAGUCUGAAGUUCCAUAUGUUGCAAUGAGAUUGAUGCCAGCAAUAUUAGGAAUUUUUCUCAUUCCUAUUUCUUAUUUGACCAUGAAAUACUCGGGAUUUUCAACAACAUCGGCUUUUUUAGUUGCAUCAUUAUUAAUAUUUGAAAAUGGCUUAGUAACUCAAUGCCGACUUAUUUUAUUGGACUCUCCAUUAGUUACAUUCACUGCCUUUACAGUCUUAAUGUGGAUAAAGUUUCAUAAUGAGCAUAAGAGACCUUUUCAAUUUUGGUGGUGGGUUUGGCUUAUUAUGACAGGCGUUGGUUUGGGCCUUACUUCUAGUGUAAAAUGGGUUGGUCUUUUCACCAUCGCAACUAUUGGUUUUUCAACAAUAAAAGGACUUUGGGAUUUACUAGGAAAUUUGAGAGUGUCACCAACUCAAUGGACCAAACAUUUUAUGGCUAGAGCUUUAGGCUUGAUUAUAGUACCUAUCGCAUUAUACAUGUUCUUUUUUUCAAUACAUUUUCUAAUAUUAUCAAAUAGUGGUGAUGGUGAUGGGUUCAUGAGUACUGAAUUUAGACAAACAUUGAACGGGAAUUAUAGAACAAAAGAUACACCAAUUGAUGUUGCAUAUGACUCUAUGAUUACAAUCAAACAUGUUAAUACAGCAGGAGGAUACUUGCAUUCUCAUAGACAUAAUUAUCCUGAAGGAAGUAAACAACAACAAGUUACUUUAUAUCCUCAUCGUGAUGGUAAUAAUGAUUGGCUUAUACAGAAUAUUACUGAACUAGAGAUUCCACUCAAUGAAACCGAUCCUAUUUGGAUGCAAAAUAUCAAAAUGAAGUUAGGAUUUUCAGGCGAUGGUAAUGAUGAUUGGCGUGUAGAAAUCGCUGAUUAUGAUAAAUCAGAUUCAGAAUCUGGAAAAAGACUCCGUGCUCUUCAUACAAAGUUUCGUCUUAGACAUGUUGUGACUGGUUGUUAUUUGUUUUCACAUUCCGUGAAAUUGCCCGAUUGGGGAUUUAAUCAACAAGAAGUUACGUGUGUUAAUGGUGGAUCCAAACCUAAUACAAUCUGGUAUAUAGAGUCAAAUUCACACCCAAAAUUGCCAGAAGAUGCAGAAAAAGUAAAUUAUAAAAAAAUUGGGUUUUUUGGAAAAUUUUUUGAAAUUAAUAAAGUAAUGUGGACUACAAAUUCUGGAUUAACCGGUUCACAUCCAUAUGAGUCUCGUCCAAGUUCUUGGGUUUUAUUAGAUCGUGGAAUCAGUUUCUGGGGAAAGGAUCACAGACAUAUUUAUUUAAUUGGGAACCCAAUAGUAUGGUGGAGUUCUUCAUUGGCAUUAUAUUUUUAUAUUGUAGUAGAAACUGUAAUUAUUUUAAGAGCAAAAAGAGGUUAUUCAGAUCAUUUAAACCCGUUGAAAGAAUUUUAUGAAUCUUAUGCAAGUUUCUUUUUCCUUGGAUGGUUUCUUCAUUAUUUUCCAUUUUUUUUAAUGGCUCGUCAAUUAUUCUUACAUCACUAUUUUCCUGCAUUAUAUUUUGCGGUUUUACUGGUUGGUGUUGGGUUUGAUUUUUUAACAAUUCGAUUGAAACCAAAAAAUCGAAUUAUAGUAGCAUCAGUAUUCAUAAUAAUAAGCAUAUAUGCAUUUUCACAAUUAUCACCAUUGGCAUAUGCUGAACCAUGGACAAAAAAUGACUGUUUAAAGGUUAAAAAAUGGGGCAGUAGAUGGGAUUUUGAUUGCAAUCAAUUCCAUGAUUCAUAUGACCAGUAUUACACAAAAGAUUUAACCGUAAUAAACAAUAUUAACAACCAGACAAAUAUUGAUAUAUCAUCUUCGGAUAUAAGCCAUACAUUAUCAUCGGAUCAACAACAAAAACAGGAAAAUGAUAAUAAAGAAAGUUUACAAGAAAUCAAAGAUGAUGUUGGAGAGGUAGGUAAAUCGAUAGAUUUAGUUGAAAAUGAUAAUAAAGAAAAUUUACAAGAAAUUAAAAAUGAUACUGACGGGGUAGAUGAGGCGAUAGAUUUGGCUGAUGUAAUUGACAACGAAGUUCUAAAUAUAUAA